UAGUCACUGCAUAUAAGUUGUUGCCGAAAAGCAAAGCUCCUGAGCAGAUGCUGGAUCUUUCAAGAGAAGAUUCAACUAUAAAAAGAAUUGUCUACCAUCAGGAAGAAGAUGGCAAAUCUUCUGAUACUGCUUUUGCUUACUCUGGUCUUGACAGCCCCCUGCUGUUGUGAUGGAGGAAUUAAGAUAAAUAAGAAAAUAGCCAAUGAAUUUGUGAGGAGACAGAAAAGAUCCUAUCCAUAUCAUGAAAGGUACUAUGAAAUGUUUAAGUCCCCAAUGGAGAUGAAGCAUGAACAGUGUGAAAACUAUGCACCUUGUGACUACUACUCUGAAAUAAUAGGAUUUCAAGCUGCAUAUGCCCUUACUUUUGGAAGAACCUGAAGGUGGGCAUUUCAUAUUCUCAUCUGGAUGGAAUCUCUACAUGGAGCCAUCGGAAGGGAGAGCAAAUAAAUGGGAAACAAUACUGGUUUAACCUUA